CCUUUGUUUAACUUCAUCUUUGGCCGUGGAGAAAUAGGAGAAAUUCGGCCAACAGCCAUCUUCCAGGUCUCAGCUGUCGGAACUGGGCCACAUUUAACAGCGGCAGGCCGGCUGUAUGACUCAGAGAAACUUUGUGCCGUGGGUCGAUAAUGGCCACCACUGCAGUAACUGACUCUCCUGUGUGGUAAUAUUUCUUUGGCACAGACUCUCUGACUUUCACCGCCCUCCCGUCGUCAAGUUAGCUCGGAUAAAGCGAUAACGACGUUAGGAGCUUGCCGAGGAAGUAGCUAAAGUGUGCAUGAAGCCAGGCAAUGUCCACCAUGGUGUAUCCACGUGAAGAAGCCCUGGAGCGCCUGAGCCAGGAUGAGAUCGUCCUCAACACCAAGGCUGUCAUGCAGGGCCUGGAGACUCUGCGCGGUGAGCACGCCCAGCUGCUCACCUCGCUGUUGGACUGCACCCAGCCGCCCAUCGCCCAGGAGAAGUCCGGGCUGCUCCGCAAGAGCCUGGAGGCCAUCGAGUUGGGCCUGGGAGAGGCACAGGUCAUCAUUGCCCUGUCGAGCCACCUGAGUGCUGUGGAGUCGGAGAAGCAGAAGUUGCGGGCCCAGGUCCGCCGACUCUGCCAGGAGAACCAGUGGCUCCGGGACGAGCUGGCAGGAACCCAGCACAAGCUGCAGCGCAGCGAGCAGAGUGUCGCCCAGCUGGAGGAGGAGAAGAAGCACCUGGAGUUCAUGAACCAGAUUAAGAAAUUUGACGAUGAUGUUUCGCCCUCAGAAGAGAAGGGCCAGAGCUCCAGUGGCAGUGGAGGAGGAGGGGACACUUCAAAGGACAGUCUGGAUGACUUAUUCCCCAACGAUGAUGACCAGGGACCAGCCCAGCCCAGUGGAGAGGUGGCAGCCCAGCAGGGAGGCUAUGAGAUCCCAGCCCGCCUCAGGACCCUACACAACCUGGUGAUCCAGUAUGCAUCCCAGGGCAGGUAUGAGGUGGCUGUGCCUCUGUGCAAGCAGGCCCUGGAGGAUCUGGAGAAGACAUCAGGACAUGACCACCCCGACGUGGCCACCAUGCUCAACAUCCUGGCGCUGGUGUACAGGGAUCAGAACAAGUACAAAGAGGCAGCCCACCUUUUGAACGAUGCCCUGGCCAUCCGGGAGAAGACGCUGGGGAAGGACCACCCCGCUGUGGCUGCCACCCUCAAUAACCUGGCUGUGCUGUAUGGCAAGAGGGGCAAGUACAAGGAGGCCGAACCUCUGUGCAAGAGAGCACUGGAGAUCAGAGAAAAGGUGCUGGGGAAGUACCACCCAGAUGUGGCCAAGCAGCUGAACAACCUGGCCCUGCUGUGUCAGAACCAGGGCAAGUAUGAGGAGGUGGAGUACUACUACAGACGGGCACUGGAGAUCUACGAGUCCAAACUGGGAGCUGAUGACCCCAAUGUGGCCAAGACCAAGAACAACCUGGCUACAUGCUACCUGAAACAAGGGAAGUUCAAAGACGCUGAAGCUCUGUACAAAGAGAUCCUGACCAGGGCACAUGAGAAAGAAUUUGGAUCUGUCAACAAUGAUAACAAGCCGAUCUGGAUGCAUGCAGAAGAGAGGGAGGAGAGCAAGGGUAAACGUAAGGACUCUGGCCCAUAUGUAGAGUAUGGCAGUUGGUAUAAGGCCUGCAAGGUGGACAGCCCCACCGUCAACACUACCCUGAAAAGCCUUGGAGCGCUGUACCGCCGUCAGGGCAAACUGGAGGCAGCAGAGACACUGGAGGAGUGCGCCACCAAGACACGCAAACAGGGUAUUGAUGCCAUUAACCAGAGUAAAGUGGUGGAGCUCCUGAAGGACGGGGGAGCUGGAGGGGGCGACAGACGGCUGAGCAGGGAAGGUGUCGCCGGGUCAGGGGGGCAACGGGGGGACUGCGAGGGCGACGACUCUGCUGAGUGGAACGGGGACGGUAACGGGUCUCUGCGUCGCAGUGGCUCCUUCGGGAAGAUUCGUGACGCCCUGAGAAGGAGCAGUGAGAUGCUGGUGAAGAAACUGCAGGGCAGCGGACCACAAGAGCCCCGCAACCCAGGAAUGAAGAGAGCCAGCUCCCUCAACUUCCUCAACAAGAGCGCUGAGGAAACCACACAGGAUGCCAACUCUGGCCUGUCAGAGUGUAGGGGACUAAGUGCCAGCAACGUGGACCUAUCAAGACGCAGCUCCCUGAUUGGCUAAACCAAGAUGGGAGGUGGGCUAGGGAGAAUUGGAGCAGCCCGAUGAGGAGAGGCAGUUUGCAGCUGAGUUUGAACAAAUAUCACACCUAAGCUCAACCGCGAUCAAACACUUGUAUUCAGAGCAUAUUUUUUAAAGAACACUGGGUGAAAAAAAAAACAUUACCAUAAUACAUGUCAUGCUAUUGCUUCCAAGACACCAUAGCUGCUGCUUCGCUGUACAAUUUGCCGGCAUCGAUCCCACCGGUUGCAAAAUAAGGAUAUUUAGACACACAUUACCAGCAUGCUGCUUACUAGGAAGUGGAAUGUCUGCACUUGACACGCUCCAUGUGGUAUCUUUGAGGCAUUAGCAUCGUAACAAAACUAGCACAUAACAUUUGCAUUGUGGUGAGUCCGUAACCUCCGUCUGCCCAAUCACGUGCACACACUCAACCUUACUCUUGGUAGACUCUAUGUACUCCAGUUUCAGUUUAGAGAGAAACCUUGUACACUGUAUAUUUCACUAGUAGCAUGAACUACUUGCUAAUGCUAACCACCCAUUUGAAUAGUUAUCACAGAUGCUAAACAGGUAUGAUUCGUUUAGAUUUGAACCAGGAGAAAAUAACAAGAGGUACAUCGGUUCAAAAGAAAGAGAAACAAGCAAUUUGUUAGAUUUUUGGAAAUACAAUAGCACUAACCAGUUAAACCUCACUUUUUGCCUUCUGAUUUUUUUUUUUUUUAUGUAUAUACAGGUUUAAAUUAUUUGAUAUUUCUUUGUUUGUACAUAGUGCACAUGAGUUUUGUUUUUGUUUACACUGUUGAGUUAAAGGGGAUUUCAGUAGGGAAAUGACUGGAGAAAUCAUGGGAAGUAAGGGGGAACUGGAACGGGUGGAAAUGAAGUUAGGAAAGAAGAAGGGGUGAAGAAACGGACAUAAAUGUGGACGUGAAGGAAGCAGAUGGAGGCACUUAAUUCAUCUCACCCCAAGGGGGCAAUGAUUUAAAAAUGCUGAUAUGGAACAAACUUGAGUACCUCAGUCCGUGAAAUCUGAAUCUUCUGAAUAAUCCUCUGAAUAAGCUGCUGAUAGAAAGUGAGGCCAUCAGGGUUUCAGCCAAAACCAUCGUGAUGCACUUUCAGUGACAGAAUGUCACAGGCAGCAAUCUUCGUACCUACCAUAAAGACUAAGAUUGUAGUUUUUUUUUUCUCGCUGGAUUAAACAAGAUAAUGAGGCUGGGAAAAAGGUAAUUCUUCAAAUAAUCCUUCUUGGGACCACAUUGGUGGGGUUUGCAAUGAGGGUUAGAAUAUUGAGACUUCUGCAAGAAAAUAGCUGAAAGGAAAUGCACUUAUAAUCAUGAUUAUGGUCAUGAUUACCAUCAUAACCUGUCAUUUUUAAUUGUCCUUAAGGUAAACUUCACCCUGGUACCCCCAAGAAGGUUAAAACAAAAACUGAUUCUUGUUUUCAGGUACUGCUUUACCCACUCAACUAUUUAUUAAUUUUUCCUGUGAAGAAAAGCCUUCCGAUUGGUCAGACUUUUGUCAGAAACCAAUUAGCCUGACCGAUUGUGGCAACAAUGCUGUGGAUGAGGUACUAAAAAAUGUACGUUUACAAUCAGACAUGUGGCUCAAGGCAUAUCUAACACCACUUUGAUUAAAUGAAUAAAUGUCCAAAUUGUCUUGAUCGAUUUAUCGGUUGAAAGCUGAUGCAGAGAGUCAGCUGUGUGUCGAGAUAUCUCUUUUAAAGUUGUUUACUUGUUUAUGCUUGAUAUGUAUCAUUUUGUAGAAAACAAUCCUCAGUGGCACUUUGUUUAUGUCGACUGGGAUGGAUUUAUUUGGUCUUAAUCAAAUGUUCAUAGAAUAUCUGACCAAUGACUGUCCUUCGUAAAUUUUGUUGUACUUUUGGCUUCAACUUUGAAUGAUUUGUUUUUUUGUUUUGUUUUGUUUUGUUUUGUUUUGUUUUGUUUUUUGAGUUUCUGUGUUCAAGAUACAAAAAAACUGAAUGGUUGAAUCCUUUGAAUGUUGAUUGUUUACGUUGAUGUUGGGAUAUUGUGGCAUUAACACUGGGUUUAAUGUGAUGUCCUUUUUGCGUUGUUUUGCUCACAAGCUGGGAGUGUAAACUUCGCCAAAACAAGGCCGAUACCAAGAGAACUGUCACAGAAUGUCUUACUAUGUGAAGUUUAAACCUGCACUAUGUGAAACUAAUUUGUAAUGUGUGCACAUAAUGGUAUGAAUCACAAUUCACAUGGAUGAAUUGUAUUACCCUUUCCUGCCCUUUUUUCCUCUCCAAAGUUUUUUUUUUUUAUUUUUAUAAAUCCACACAAGACUCAAGCUCUCUUCCCCCUCCCAUUACUGACAAUUCACAAUCACAAAAUCCAAGAACCUAGGCGACUCAACAACUGAGGCAAAUGUUUCCUCUGAGCUAAAACGGCCACAUUCAUGGUAAAAAAAAGAGCAUGAAAAGUGGUCAGAUAAAAUCGCAUAGUGCACGUUUAAAUCAGGCUCAACAAGCUGACGUCACAUUCUGAAUUCAGGGUUGUGAUCAGAUUGCCUAGAAAGAGCAGCCUUUUCUGUUGCUCCGUAGCGCUCCUGAACCUUGCUUAUAAAUCUGUUUAUGCAAGAUCAAAGAAGGCACAUGCUGGAUCUCUGAUUUGAAAAAUGGGAAGACCCAGAUUUUGAUAAAGGCAUUCUGUUAGCGUUGGUGCAUGCACACCAUCGUCAUUUGCGUGGAUAAUUUGAGGUUUCCCCUUUUUAAAAUCACCCUCAGAGAAAACCACCCUGACUUGUAGCACAGAAGUGAUGUCACAUUGCUGAGUCUACUUAAAAACAUAACGAUUAUAUCAGCUUCUGAUUGUGCUGUAUGUGCUUGAGGGAGUGUGCGAGAUGGCACAGUUGUACUGAAGAGAUGAAAUGCAUGGAGGGACGCCUUAAAAGUCUGUCAGCUAAAGACUGGAAAGGAUCUGGAUGACGUCAGGAAGGAGUCUGCGGUGAGAAGGAAAUGAAAGAAAGUGCUUCAGAAAGAUAUUGGAGGAGAAAAGUGCUUUAAGUGUUGUUCGCAGCAAAUAAUGUACAGAAUUAUUAGUGUAUAACCUUUAUAUGUGUACUGUACAUCAUACGCCCACAUACACACACACACAUUCACAAGAAAUGACAGGAAACUUUCUGUGGCACACACACAACACUAUCCAAUCCUGUACAAAACUAGUGGAAUUUGUAGUUUGCGUUGCAGGUCCCCAUAUGUGAAACAUCAGUUCUCUUCCUCCAAACUUAGGUUUGCUCUCUAGUUUCAAACAUUAGACCACCCUUCACUGUAUUAGCCAGUCAGUCAGUCAUUCUCUCUGGAUUUGUAGCGACUCCUCUGUUAGUUUUUGUGACAUUUGUUGAAAUCUGAUCUGAUAUUUCAGCAGUUCAGACAGACUCCCCGACUUUGGAUCACUUUUGCCUUGUGGGGUAUUGUAAUUGGGAAAGUGAGGCAAACCAUGACGUUGAUCAUAAAUUAAAAUUCCUCAUUUGAGAAGCUUGAUAACUACACGUUGAGCUCCAUAAAUAUUUACACAGCAGUACACCUUCUUUUCCUCGGAAAUCGGUGGUAAAACAGUCUCUUCUGUAGUAAGGGGGAAAAACUCAAGAAUGUGAUUAAAAACUGGAAUAAUAAAUCAGCCCACUUGUUGUUCUGUUGUCUUAAUACUUAUGGAGGCCAGUGUAUUUGAGAGCCGUGGAUGAUGAAUGGGUGGCAGGCCGAUGCACUCUUAUCUUCAGUUCCUGCAACUUUAAUGAUGGUCUCUAAUGAUGGAUCCUACUGUGAAGGGGCCAACCUCAUAUAUAUUUUAUCAAAAGGUCAAUAAAAACAAAUUCCACUUUUCAAA